GCUGCGCGACUUGACAGAGCAGACUGCGCACAUCGCUGGCGCUGAGCUCGAGGACAACGGACUCGCCAUCUCGGUUCACUACCGUCACGUGAGUGCUGCAGAGUUGCGGUGGAGUUGUAGCUACCGCUCGUUACUGACGCAUUGGUCUUGUGUUGUGUAUUGCAGGUUGAUCCGGCGCUGCAGAAUGCGGUUGAGCAGAUUGUGGACGACUACGUGACGUACCACCCGAGCCUUACGAAGAAAAUGGGCAAAAUGGUGUUUGAGCUGCGACCUCGCGUACGUCAAUUUUUCUCCGAACAAUGUUAUCUUUACAUCUAGAGCUGACAGCGUGUUUACCGUAUGCAGGUCGACUGGGACAAGGGCCGCGCCGUCAUGUACAUCCUGUCGGAGCUGGGACUGGAUGCGGAGGACGUCGUGCCGUUCUACCUGGGCGACGACGUUAGCGACGAGGAUGCCUUCAACGCGCUGAACGGCCGAGGACUUGGCCAGGGUAUCUCUAUCAUCGUUCGUGACCCCGAGGCGGAGAAGGUGGACCUGCCAGGCAACCUGAAGGAGUUGCCGGUGACGAAGGCGUCGUACUCGCUCCGCGACACCUCGGAGGUACAGCAGUUCUUGACGGAGCUGGCGAGACUGGAGUGUGCGUGUUAGAUUUUCGCUCCCGGGGCGUAACGAGAGUGGCGGAAAGCUGAGAGCUGUCGUCGAGCACGCUGCCUUGCGGCCCGCAGCGUGCCUGGAUGGAACCACGGCAAACUGGUACUAGUGGGGGCGAUCAGUUUGCUCGACAUUUACCUCAUAACUUAAUGCGGUACCUUUCAUAUUUGUACGUGCGUCUCAGUUGGUCUUCAUUGUUGGCGCUGCAUCAUCCCCACGCUCACUCUUCGGGUUUGGUUGUGUAGCCAUCUGAAAUUCCAUUCUGGGGGUGUAGUAUGUAGUACACCCUAAAUGUGUAAAUCUCUACCAAAAUCUCGAUAUUUAGACUUCCUCCUGGUCCAUUUUUGCGGCUGAAAAUCGCGCACCGCCAGACCACAGGUUACAUCACCAGCGCCAUCAUGUCCGUGCGUGUGCUCCAAGCGUCCACGCGCGCCGCCGCGGCCGUCGCCUCCAAGCGCGCCACCGUCGCCACGUCCUCCCGCGCCUUCUCGGAGGUGGCCAAGGACGACGAGGCCGCCAAGGCCGCGGCCGCCGCCGCGGAGGAGAAGCUCAUGACGCAGCUCCGCGCGCAGCGGCUGACUGAGGCCGAGCGCACCAGUGCGUUGCCUUCUGCUGCCCUCCAUAAUGCUGCCAUAGUGGGGGACAUAAUACGACGCUGACGUUGUGCGUUCUUGUAAUUGCUGCUGCAGUCCUGCCGCACCACGCGACGGAGGAGUGCUUCCCGACGAUCGAGAAGUCGCCCAUGCCCUACCCGGAGGAGGCGGCCGUCGUGUCCGGCACGGGCGAGUGGUCGGUGGGCCGCAAGGCCCAGCUCUUCAAGCCGGCGCGCAACCAGAUGCAGAGCGGCAUCCACAACACCAAGCACUGGGAGAUCCGUUUUAACACCCCGCGCACGUGGGCCAACCCGCUUAUGGGCUGGACCAGCACGGCCGACCCGUACAUUGGCCUGGUGACCAAGUUCGACACCCAGGAGGCCGCUGAGCGCUUCGCCAAGAAGCAGGGCUGGGAGCUCGAGCUCGCCGAGCCGGCCCCCGUGGGCGACUACUACGGCAAGAUCUCGUACUCGCACAACUUCCUGCCGGAGAACGUCGAGACUCUCAUCAAGCAGAAGGGCAAGAAGUCGGCCGUGCAGUUCAAGCACCCGACCGGCCGCCGCAGCAACUGGGUCAAGACGCUCAAGUACCACGGCAACGGCGUCGUGGCGCAGCACGGCGGCGAGGCCAAGGAGUAAAGUACACACCGAAGCUAACGUGGAAGUCAACGAAAGCGCAGCGAUGGAAGCAGGCAGCAUUGUGGAUCGGCGAAAAGUUCGACUGCCAGCAUGCGCUGCUCUCUCUUCGUACUAAGCAGCUCAACGAGAACUCUUCAAACUGAAGCAAAAAGCUGUCACGUUAUCGUACGAGUUUUGGUCCAUUUUCAUCUUGCAUGUACGUAGCUGUGUGAGUUCCGAGGCCUAACGAGCUGAUGCAGAAAAAGCUGAUAUAUAGCCAUGCAGCUUAGCUCUCACUUCCGAGUCCUAAGGCCGAUCGUCGACGCUUAGACCGACACGUGCGACGGCUGAGGCUUCGCGGCCUGGGUGGUAACCACGGGGGCGGGGAUCUGAGGCUGCUUCUGGUUGUAACGGAGCUCGGGCAUGGCCUCAAGGUCCGCCUCUUCCUGCUGCUGAGCCGUCAUGGUAGCGGCGCCAGUCGGCUUCAGCAUAGCGGCCUUGUAAGCAGGGUGCUGCAUCGACAGAGAAACAUACAGGAUGCCGUUAGACGUUGGAAGAUCCAAACGUAAAAAUCCAAGCAGAGUCCAACGUACCCGUUUGAUGAGGAAGAAGUUGAAAAGGGCCAGGAAGAAGAAGCACACGCCCAGAAUCCAGCCAAUCCAGCCUUGUGAGACGGCCAGGAACGCGAUGCUACAAGAUGACAACAAUUCGCCACGAAGCGACAGUCCACGUCAGCACAACCUCGUACUGUACCACCAUACACACGAACGAAGCCAAGUACUGUAUGGCCGCACCAGAGGAUGUAGGACGCCUUGCCCGUGGCCGAGAACAUGAAGCCAAAGUUCACCUUGACUCGGUCCGCGACGGACGGGAAACGCUCGUGGUUCUCAAUGAACGCGAGACCAGCGCUCAGGAACCUGCAAUAGACGAACAUAUCAGACGCUGCUUCACCUGUAUCAG